AUGUUCGUCCAAGACCAUACAUACUACACAGAUGCAUUUCUGGACGCAUGUCUUCUGAACUUCGAAAGAAUCGAGCUGACCGCCAAGCCGUUCACAAACAUAAAGGACGAGGACUUGGAGGAAUCCCCAGUUCCUCUCAACAAAGAUCAUCCCUUCCCAAUAGACUUCGAGCUUACCCCGCGGAAUGCCUAA